GCUCUCUUCAUGGAACCUGCCUGGCUAUAAGGUAUGGUUAUAUUUCCACUCUGUAUCCUUACGACUUGCUCCCGCCUCGCCACUACAUAGUACUUAUUGUUGAUUACCCCAGCGGACUAAGGGCGCAGUGCUUUUUUACUUUAUCCAUUCUGCCAGUCUUUUUUGUCUGCCUGGGUUGCUUUCUGAUCAUACUGGAGUAUCAUCAUCUGGAUGCGAUAUCACCUGACCGGAUUUUCUAUACAGAAUCUGGGAUAUUGGCGCAGACCCUGCUUCACCCAACAGGGCACAUUCUUACAUAGCAAAUGACAGCUUUGGAUAUGGCAGAGAAGGUUGUUGCUGAGAAGAAGGCUCCCGAGAGUUCCAACGUCAAUGACAAACCAGAAACUACUGUCACUGAUAACGAUGACAUUGAAUCGAUUUCCCGGGGCUCAAGCCUGGCUCCAACUGUUGAAGACAAGGACUUGGAAGCUCCCUUGGGGAACUCCUUCUCGUUAGCUGAACAAGACCACCCCGUGGUUGUGCCGAGAUCACAGCGAAGGGGCCUCUUUGGUCAACUUACUCUAUUAGAAGAAGUUGAAGAUCCAAAGUCUUAUCCUCGGAAUCGAAAAUGGUUUAUAACUUUCAUUGUUUCAGUAGCUGGCUCUACCGCUCCCAUGGGAAGUUCCAUCUUUUUCCCGGCCCUUUCACAGGUAGCUCAGGAUUUAAACACAACCACCACCAUCACGAACUUGACAAUCUCGCUAUACAUGCUGAGUAUGUCUAUAUUCCCCUUGUGGUGGUCGUCAUUUAGUGAGAGGCUGGGGCGAAGAACGAUCUACCUCGUCUCGUUCUGUCUCUUCGUCGUUUUCAAUGUCCUUUGUGCCAUUUCCCAUUCAAUAGGCAUGCUCACUGUGAUGCGGUUGCUGAGUGGCGGUGCAUCUGCAUCGGUUCAGGCAGUCGGUGCGGGCACCAUUGCUGAUAUUUGGCAUCCGCGUGAACGUGGUCGUGCUAUGGGGAUAUUCUAUCUAGGCCCACUGUGUGGACCUUUGCUGGCUCCCAUUAUUGGCGGUGCCCUGGCUCAGCGGUGGAGGUGGAGGAGUACAAUGUGGUUUCUUUCGGCCUACGGUGCAGUUGUUGUUAUAUUUAUCCUGUUUGCCCUUCCGGAGACCCUGGCAGUGACAAAAGUUCAAGCCUCAGAGCCGGUCCACGACAAACACGAACCGAUUGGGCGCAGGCUGAGUCGAGUCUCUUCCCGACAAGUGAUCGGAGCCACCGCACGAUGGCUAAAGGUGCUCAAAAUGGUUUUCCUUGACCCUUUGAAAAUCAUUUUAUACCUACGGCAUAUCCCAGUCUUGUUGACAGUAUACUAUGCGGCCAUCACCUUUGGGUCCCUCUACGUAUUGAACGUCAGUGUUGAACAUACGUUUGGGAGUAAUCCAUACAACUUCAGCACGCUGGUCGUUGGUUUACUUUAUAUUCCUAACUCUCUGGGGUAUAUUGUCUCCAGUCUCUUUGGUGGGCGCUGGAUAGAUAAUAUUAUGGAACGCGAGGCUAAGAAGGCCAACCGGUACGAUGAAAAUGGAAAACUGAUAUAUCUUCCCGAAGAUCGCAUGCGUGAGAAUGCCUGGCUGGGUGCUAUGCUCUAUCCUGCCGCACUGAUCUGGUAUGGCUGGACAGCUGAUCGGGGUGUUUAUUGGCUUGCACCGAUGGUGGCGAAUUUCUUCUUUGGCAUCGGUUCUAUGCUCAUUUUCAGCAUGGUCACCACUAUGUUGACGGAGUUCAUGCCCGAAAAAUCGUCAGAGGGGGUGGCCCUGAACAAUUUCAUGCGUAACAUCUUUUCCUGUGUGGGCUCUUUUGUCACUGCUCCAAUCAUCGAAGCUAUUGGGAAUGGAUGGCUGUUCACUAUUCUUGGGCUUGUCGCAUUCGCCAGCAGCUCGGCGAUUUUCGUGAUGAAAGUCUAUGGUCCCCGCUGGCGGCAAUCGAUGGAUGGUAUUAAGCAAUAGGGCCAGUUUUCCUUCAUCCGUCCAAGCGAUUGCGUUUGAGGUAAAAGUCUGGAUUUUUGUUUGGGCUGGCGUUCUGUUUUUUUUUUUUUUUUGGAUUCCUCUGGAGUCAUUGCCAGGCAUGUUAAGCGAGCAUGAUUGAGAUACCCAAA